GUAAACUGGGGCCAUGGCCGACGGCCGAUGUGACGUCUGCUAGCUAGUGCAUUCGUCUGCUAGGCUAGGCUUUGUCCGGCCGGCCGCCGGCCCGCAUCGCCCUCCCAGUGACUGUCAGUUACAGCGAGUGUGUCAUUCGUGGCUUGUAGCUUGUUCGUACUCUUGGGACCACGUUUCUUUCAUUAUUUGCUAGUUGAGAGCGAACAUACGACGCCCGCACCUAUCCCAUCGCCUUGCCCUUCCCGGUGUCUGCGUCUGGAUCUCAGUCCGGUCUUCGGCUGAUAGAUAAGGCAACACUUCAUCGAUGCCCGUGCUGCCCGUCCGCGCGACGAUCAGGCUCGGGACGAUCAUGUACAGUAGACCGUAGGGGGAUAACGAUCCUGCGAUCCGAACUUCGGUCUGCCGUCCGCCCGCAGGACUACUGCUGGCUGGCUGGCACCGCUCACCACCACUACUGUGUCAUGUGUUAUCUCACUUGGGUGUUCUGAAAUCCCUAUCAGUUUCACUUGGGAUACCGAGUACUUUCUGCGGCGUCUGAUAUUGAAAUGGAAAGCCAUGAGAGAAAAAAGCAUCAUCAGGGGAGGGAUUUGAGUUCCAAAACAACCUCUUCCAGGAACCCACGACCGAGGCGAAAAAUAUCAUUCAAUUCUCAUCCCAAACCAUAUGCACGCAGUCUUUCGGUGUCAGCUCACCAGCUAAAUCAUUACCGCACUGAUGAGCCUUUUCAGUACCAUUUUAAACGACCAUCACAAGGCUCUGAUGGCUCAUCGAUAAGAAACAUCUCCUCCCAGCAGAAGCUUGUUCUUACCUCAUUAGUACUAGUUGAUUUUAUAAGUUUCUGUUCUAUGUCAAUAAUGGCUCCUUUUUUUCCCAAAGAGGCUUCAUUAAAGGGAAUGAGUGAAUCCUUGUCCGGAUUAGUGUUUGGAUUCUACGCUUUUAUUAUUUUUAUCUCUUCGCCACUUUUUGGCAAGAUUCUUCCAGUUGUUGGAGCUAGAUUUCUUUUUAUGACAGGCAUGUUCCUUUCUGGGUGCUGCUCUAUUUUAUUUGGAGCUCUGGUACAUAUAGUUGACAAUAGUACAUUUGUUAUAUUUUGCUUUCUUGUCCGAGGAAUGGAAGCAAUUGGAGCAAGUGCCUUUACAACGGCUUCAUAUGUUUUUGUUGCUCAAAUUUUCCCUGAAAACAUUGGAGCAGUGAUGGGUAUUUUAGAGACAUUUGUAGGCUUGGGUAUGAGCACAGGACCUGCCAUUGGUGGACUUCUAUACACGCUGGGAGGCUUUGGCUUACCAUUUUACUCUCUUGGGGUUAUUAUGGUGAUUUUUGUACCAAUCAACUUCUGCUUGCUUCCAGCAGAAUCUGGCUUUGGAGUUGACCAGUCCAGUGGCUCCCUGUGGCAGUUGCUGAAAGUACCAUCGGUGUUGGUCACGGGACUUGUGAUUGUUGUUGGUUCUAACACAUGGGGAUUUCUCGACCCCACCCUGGAGCCUCAUCUUCGCCAGUUUAACUUGAGUGCUGAUCAGUUGGGCCUAGUUUUCCUUCUCACAUCUGGCCUUUAUGCCGUGUUCAGUCCAGUGUGGGGACUGCUCUCUGACCGCGUGAACCAUCACUGGAGUCUCAUGGUAAUAGGGCUCUUGAUGUGUACAGUGGGGCUAUUGCUGCUUGGGCCGUUCCCACUUUUUACAUUUCUUCCAAACACAAUCUGGUUGAACCUUCUUGCACUGUCUCUUCUGGGAGUCGCUAUGGCUCUGACUUUACUACCAACUUUCCAAGCUCUUCUGGAUUCCGCUGUUGAAGGUGGAUGUGUAGAUGAGCUGUCAACUCACAGUUUAGUAGCUGGUGUAUGGUCAUGCAUGUAUUCAUUAGGGGAAGUUACUGGUCCUUUGUUUGGCGGAUUCCUUCUGGAAGUAUAUGGAUUUCCUACUUGUGCCUCUGCCAUGGCUGGAGCAACAUUUAUAACGGCUGUUAUCAUUCUGAUAUUUUUUGUAACUCGAGACACUGUUGCACACCUAAAGAAAAAGGCUGAUUCAAACGGCAUGUGUGGUAGCAGAGACAGUGGUGUCAGUUCUGGUGGUGACCUGGGUGUUUUGUAUGAUGCUGAUGAAGAUGCUGCAUUACUCUCAAGUGGCCGACAGUCGUACGGAUCAACAAAUCCAUCUUUUCAGUACACCCAGGACAAACUUGAUUAUUAUGCUGCUCUAAGCAAAGAGGAGGGUGAGGAUGGAAGCAGGGAUAUUGAUCAAGUGACAGAUGUAAAGCGUACCAUUGCCAUGACUGCAUCUGGGGCAUGUGAGGUCUAAUAUUUUUCGUUGUCAUAUUUUUAGAAAAGCUUCAUGUAUUAUUUUUUACUUGUUCUUUAUCAAUAUUCUCAUAAAGUCCUAUCAUUUAUAAACAAGGUUUCUUGUAUAUUUUUUUAAUGACCAUAAUUUCCUUGUGAUAGUUAAAUGCCAAAGACAAUCGAACUGAGUUGAGAAAGUUCUAAUCACCCUGAUCAAAUGAAUUGUUGUUUUCAAGACUUGCACUGUAUUUAAUUAGUUCAAUAUAUUUGACAGUACACUAUUAUUGUUAAUUGUACAGUCCUUAAUUUUAUGUAUAAUAUUGUCACUUAAUAUUCUGAAAAAUGAGAGUAAAAAUAAGCGGCAUGUU